UUUUAUUUCCCUUUCCUUCUCGAAUCCACCAUUUUUCUCAUUUUCUCUGCCUUUUCCCCUUAUCAUUUACUCCACCCUGAACCAUCUAGAACUAACAACAAAACCUAACCGCCGAUCCCUCACCGUCACUCGCCGUCAGUCCGUCAUCAUUCCGUACACGACGUUGAAACCCUUUGAUUCAAAUGUUUCUGAUCGAAUGAGUCACUUCUCUUACUUCUUGUUUGGUUGUUUGGAAAAUUCUCGCUUUCUUUCAGUUAAGGCGCGCCGAAAGAAUCUCUGUUGCCGGAGAAAUCCUGUAUUCUAGGGUUCGGAUCUUAAGACGGAACCACAUGGCACCAUUGCCGGCCGACCAACCUAGCGGUUCCCCCGCCGGUGGCGGUACUGCUACUGAGUCGCAACGAUCUUUACCUACUCCGUUCCUUACGAAAACCUAUCAACUCGUCGAUGAUCCCUCUUUUGAUGAGUUGAUUUCAUGGAAUGAUGACGGAUCGAGUUUCAUCGUUUGGCGCCCUGCUGAGUUCGCCCGUGAUUUGCUCCCUAAAUACUUCAAACAUAACAACUUCUCUAGCUUCGUCCGCCAACUCAACACAUACGGUUUCAGGAAGGUAGUGCCGGAUCGAUGGGAGUUCGCUAACGAUUGUUUUCGAAGAGGCGAGAAAGGGCCUCUUCGAGACAUACUGCGCCGGAAAAUAACUGCAGCCGGUGCUGUUGUUGCUUCUGGGACAGUGACCAUUGCGGCGGUUCCUUGUACUAAGGUAUCAGCAUCACCGUCUAAUUCGGGGGAGGAGCAGGUUGUUUCGUCUAACCCGCCUCCUGUCGCCACCGUUCUACAGAGGACCACGAGUUGCACGACGACGCCUGAGCUUUUAGAGGAGAACGAUAGGCUUAGGAAAGAAAACGUAGAGCUGAACCAGGAGUUGACUCGGUUGAGGGGAUUGUGUAACAAUAUAUUCACUUUGGUAACGAACUAUGCUUCGGGUCAGCCGGAGAAUCAUCAGAACGUGGGGGAAGAUAAAGGGUUGGAUCUUUUACCGGUGAGUGCGGUGGAGGAUGGUGGCUCGAAGGCGCCGAUGGAGAUGGAGAAUGGAGAGCAGGAGAUGGGGGAAGAUGCGACGCCGAUGUUGUUUGGAGUUUCCAUUGGAUUGAAACGCAUGAGGCGAGAGGGUGAGGAUGAGGAGCUCGACAAUAAUCAAGUACAGCGGCAUAAAGUUAAGCCUGGUUCUCAAGUUAAAGGAGAGCCGUCGGAUAUAAAGACGGAUGAUCAGGAUUCCACGUGGUUGGAGCUUGGAAAAUGAUCAAAUAUUCUUGUAGAUCAACGGGACAAUGAUGACGAGGAUGAUGAGAGAGGACCGCAGUCCCAACGGCAGCGUUUCCGAGGAACCACGUGCCUGGAACCCGGAAUGUGGAAGUAUUGGGUUUGGAUUUCCGGGUCCGGGC